AUGUUCACUGCUUGUCUUUACGUAUUACACAAACGCAUCCAGCCGCGGAUCUUGAGAAGAAUGCAAGGAUUGCUGGUGAUGUUAAUUUGUAUAAUGGUUAAGGUGCCUGGCAUUGAUGAUGCAGUGUCCGGGUUCGAAUGCAAAGAGAUUCCCGCCAUCACAUGCAAAAGAUGUGGUGCGUUGAUCCACGUUUGUUUGAACAGCCCUCACCUUCCAGAAAUUCCCCGUUUUUCCAGUUUUGGUGACAUUGGAGAUGAUUUUCAAAAUUUUAAAGUUAUUGACUUUUUUGCUGAGUUUCGUUUACUUGAAUACCACAUUUUGCACGGAAUCUUCAAUAUUUUUCCUUUCAUGGUCGGAUGGGGGUGCAUCAGCCACUGA